GCUACAAACUUCUGAUUUCAUUUUUGAAAUUCUUCUCUUCCGUCUCUUUUACUAAUUCCCCUUUCUUCUUCUUCCUAUUGAAACCCUAAAUUCUCUUCUUGAAAUCCAAAUCUUGUUUCAAGAGUAAACCAUGCGGAGCGAGAGAAUUGAUUCAGAUGAAGCAGAAACAAAAUCGAGAACAAAUCUCUCGCAAGAAGUCGAAGAAUAUAUCAAAGAUACAAUUGAUCAUUCUUUAGGUCUUCCGAUCUCCAUGGAAUCUCUUCAGAAGAAGCUUUAUACGGCUGAAGAAUCUCAACGCCGUCUUCGCGAACAGUAUCAGGGUCUGAUUUCGCGAUUAAAGGAGAAAGAUCAUGUAAUCGAUCGUGUUAGGUCUGAAGCGAGUAUGAAUGCGCAAGCGUUGAAGAAGUUUGUUGAAGAGAAUCAGAAAUUGGCUAGUGAGUGUGGGAAUUUGUUGAGUCAGUGUAAGAAAUUGGAGAAAGAGUGUUUGCUUUAUCAUCAAGAUCGUGAUGCGUUGAUGGAGUUUGGGAAUGAAUCUGAUGAGAGAGCUAGAGAAGCAGAAGCUAGGGUUCGUGAAUUGGAGGAUGAAAUUGGAAGAAUGUCUGAGGAAAUGCAGAGAUUUAAGCGUCAAAUCGGAGAUGGUGAAGUUGAAAACUGUACUACACCGUUAGAAGAAGAUUUGCUUGAUUCAGUUUUGGGAUCACUCAUAAGCAAAGAUGAAACUAUAAUGGGGCGUCUCUUCUUGGAGGCAAACAUCCACGACCAAUCGUGCCAAGCCUUGCUGAGCAAGUGGGAUCACUUAAAGCCUUCAACGCAAAAGGUUCUUUCUUUAGUUUCAAAGGCAAAGAAAUUCGAAAAGGAAAAAGAAUGCAUCAUCAUGAAUCUCGCUAAAGCUGAGCAAGAGGUGGAACUUGUGAGCACGCUAAACCGAAAGCUGGAUAAAGAAAAUCGUAAGUUGCUAAGGCAACAACAAAGCCCUCUUUGCUCCGCAGACAAGAACCGAAACAGCGCAUCUGCAAAGUCAAACAAGAGAAAGAGUCCGAAGACGAUGAGUAGCCCGGUCGAGAAGAGGCUUGAGUUUAGCAGUCCAGAAAUUAGCAGGAAGCCUCUAUCACCUGUAUGGAAUAACUCACCAGAUUCUAAGAUGAACAACAAUUGAUGAUAAACAAAAUCAAACAACUAUCUGUAUCAUUCAUAUGUGAAACCGGAUUAUAUUGUUGCUUCUCUGAAGCUACUAACAACAUGUAUCAGUAUUGCUAUGAACAAAUUUGACCAGAAAAUCAUGUUUUCAAACUGGUAAAUAACUAGCUUAUUAUAUACAACAGCA